AGCACCACCACAACCUCUGGGAGGAGUCAGCCAUUCCUGGAGCUAACUUGGAUAACAAACGGCCAUUGAUAAAACAGCGUCGUUGUCAGCUGCCACACCACACCACCACGACCUGGGUACAGUACAUUCAUCCACUUACAACAAUCUGCUCAGCUGACAACGGGUCUGCAGGUAGAAUCGUUUUAAAACUCAUAACGCAGCUCAGACGAGAUUAUUUCUGGGAGAUUAUCUUGCACGGGCUCCUUGCAAGUCGGAAGUGACGCAACCUUCCCUGAAUUCAGGCCUCACCGCAAUCAUGGCGCCCGCAAUCGCUCUCCACCACGGCCUUCGCCUUUGCUCGAAGGCGACGCCCAUGACAAGACUCUCCCCAGCGCCCUCCCCGGCAUCUCUCCGUGUCCGCGCAAGCCUUCCCGCGCGGGACGUCCGCGCGAGCCUCUCCCCGCGCGUAGUCUCUAACGCGCUCACGGCGCUUGAAAGUCCCGCGAGCUCUCCGCCUGCAGCGGGAGCAGCGGCGGGAGCUGCGGCGGCGAUUAACUCCGUGGUGCAGAAGAUGGAAACUAUGGGUCUGACGGACACUAACCUCGUCUCCACCAAUGAGCACCGAGCGUGGGUUGCUUCCGCGUGCGUGGCCCUCGCUGCGUUGUUCACUCGCGGCGUGGUUACCACAGUGGACGACGCGAGUGUUACAGCUGUGCUAGGUGCAGUGGCUGCAGCUGCUGGCGCGUAUUUACUCGCGGAUUUCGGAACAGGAGUUUAUCAUUUCGGCGUUGAUAACUAUGGGGAUGGAUCCACGCCGAUUUUUGGACCGCAAAUUGACGCGUUCCAAGGUCACCACAGGCGACCGUGGACGAUCACCAAGCGACAAUUCGCGAACAAUCUGCACGCGCUCGCGAAGCCGAUUCUGUUUUCCACGCUGCCCUUCAUCUUCGUGCUACCGAAUUCCGCCGAGCAGGAUAUGUUCUUUAGUGUCUUCCUCGCUAGCGUUAUGUUCAGCCAGCUUUUCCACGCGUGGUCUCACACGCCUCGCGUCCUCCUCCCUCCUUUCGUCCCCGCCCUCCAAGACGCUGGCCUUCUAGUGUCCCGGAAAAUGCACGGAGCGCAUCACCGUCCUCCCUAUAACGCCAACUACUGCAUCGUCAGUGGCAUUUGCAACCCACCUCUUGACUCUAUUGGGUUCUUUUCUGGUUUGGAGAGGAUGAUUUUCCAACUGACCGGGGUCCCUUCAAGGUCCUGGAGUGAGACUGCGCCUGAGUGGUUGGAAGAGGGCGGGUACUACGAAGAUGGGUCAGAUGAGCAGUAGAAGCUUGUUUAUCCUCACUGGUUGGUAGAAUUCCUCAUUAUUUGUAAUUAAUAUAUUGAAUAAACGCCAGUCCAUGGU